UCGAGAUGAAGCGAGGGAGAAGUCAAACGUGAUGUCGCAGUUUUUGAAGGAGGAAAAGAUCUUGAUGGGACAAAUAUGGACGAUUUUUGUCGUGGUCAUCGGUAUUUUAGCGCCACAAUCAAAUGCUGAAAGCACCAGUUCCAUUUCAACUUCAGGCUUCGCUUCAAGCGUGUUGCCAAGCAUAUCUACCGAUAAUUUAUCCUCGAUUGCGAAUGUCACAACAAGCACAAAUGUUGUAAUAAAUACGGACGCCUCUUCGACUUUCGGUAAGUUUGAUUUAAAAAUCUUUUAAACUAACUUAAGCUUAUAGCCUGGACGGAACGAUAGUUUUCAUUCGAGAGAACAUCCAUAACCGAUUUAUUUUCUUAUGUACUAUUCAUAUUGCUGAUUCAUUUAAUGCUAAUUACUCUAGUACUUCAUUUGGAAACGUUCAUGUAAAAUAAUGUUUGCCAACAAACUUUGUUUUACGUGACAUUUUCCUUUGAAAUUGUAUAAAUGUGUUCUAAGUUAGUGAGAAAGACGUCCUCCAAAAGCUUAUUUGAAACAGCUAGUUGCUAGAAAGCGUCCUAGUGGAUAUUGGUUAAACAUCCAAUGUAUCUUCGACUGAGAUUGUCAUUGAAACAUUUAACAUUGUCGACGGCUGGGGUAUUUUGCAGAACGCUGAAUGCAGAAUGUAGAACGCUAAAUGACUCUGAAGUUUAGUGAUUAGGGUUAGCUAGGAAACUGAGUGAAUCAGGUUCCAUUUAGAAUCAUCACCAGGAAAAUUGUCCUGAAACUUGAUUCACUCAGUUUCCUUACCCUAAUCACUAAACUUCAGAGUCAUUUGGGGUUCUGCAUUCUGCAUUCGGCUUUCUGCGUUCUGCAAAAUAUCCCUGCCGCAUUGUAGACGUUUUGAGUGCUUAAAUAAUCACACUUGGCACAUGGUGAUUUAAGCUUGCUGUGGUGGUCUCUGCAUUUAAUAUAAUACUGCGAUCAUGCAUGGUAUAAGCUUAAGUUUCUUUAUCUCAAGAAUAAUUGUCUUAACAGCUUAAAUUUUAAUUUUAUUUGCUUAAUUUAAAUUACGUUUAUCUUUAGAUCAGUUUUACGUCUAGUCACUUUUUUGUAAUGAUUCUUGAAAGCAGUUACCAGAUUGCAAUCGUGAUAUUUAAAUCUAACAGAAAAAAAUGUGCCAAAGACGUAUUUCAAAAUAUUUCAAUUCUUAACUUCUUUAUUUACUUAUUUAUGUUACACAUAAUUAUAUAUUUAAUACAAAAUGAAGGAGAUGAGUCUUUUGGAGAAAGAAGAAGACUCUAUGAUUGGGGGUGAUCAACAGCAUUUUCUGUGUUUUCUGUGUUUUCUGUGUUUUUUUUUCAUUGAAAAGUGUUCUUGAUUGUUCCCCUGGGAGGCUUACAUAUUGAAUUUACAAGACAGUGCAGCAACAUCAGCAACAUUCUUAUAAAUGAUGUUUACAUUCUCAACAGUCCCUUAAAAUAAAUGGUUAAGUGAACUUCAUUUCUGGUUUACUUCGUAAUCGUGUGAUAAACUUUUGAUCUCGCCGGAUAAUUAUUUACAUACUUCAUUUCUCUUGAUUGUGUUUCAAACAAUUCAAGAACUUUCUUUUGUUAAUUUUCCUGUGAGCACUUUUUGUUUGAAGUUUCUAUUUCGAGUAAGACUUAUGAUGAAAUAAUCAAGUCACAGAUUUGAGUCAGGCGUCAAACCUACGAAAACUGGAAAGUUUUGAUUUUAAUGUACUGUAAAUUCAUUGUAGGAAAUUAACAUAUAUAUUAGUUAAAACUAUUACAAGUAUGUAUCUGUCAAAUUAAAGCUUCAACACUCCAGGGCAUACCCUAGGAAUAUGACACUUUGUUGUCCUUGGGAGUAUUCUGGGGGUGGGAACUUGAUCCCCGUGUAUAUGGAUGGGAAAUUGAAUCGUAGACUUUAUUUCAUUUCUUUUUACUUGGACUGGAGGCUUUCAAAGAGAAUUUUUGUAAAUUUGUGGCUGAUUGGCUGCAAAGCAUAAAAAUAUAUGAAUGUAUAAAAAUACAGGUGAUUUCCUCAUAAAAUUAUUUUCUAUAGAUAAUCAAUUUCUUUGAUGGGCUGUAAUGUGAUAUUUUUGGUAUUAUUUAAAAUUCAGCCACUUUACACAAGAGUUUUGUUUGUUUGUGUAUCAAAUAAAUCCAUGGUGUUUUCUGAGAUGCAAAACAUUUUACUGUCAAAGUUGUUGUUGUUCGACAAAUGAAAAGGCCGUUUUGACAUCUUUCUUUUGUAUAUUUGCAUGUGAAACUUUGAGAUACUGUGCAAAAAAUGGAAGCACUCUCUUGUUCUCAUUUGAAACCUUCCUGGCCUGCAGACUUGGCUUCUUGAGCAUUAGAGGGCUACAGAGUUAAAAGAGUUAAUUUUCCCAGUAGGUCAUUUCACCUAAAAUGGACCUAUGAUUGAUCAUGGAACAUUUGAAUGGCUUUCUGGGUAGGCAAGGCUUGAAUUUUGAAUACUUAUUUAAUUGGAAAAAAAUUCAAAUGCCUAUGGGUUGCCUGGGAGGGGAUGUUGAAGCUUCGAUUUGACUGAUACUUUGUAAUAAGCAUAAACAUCUCCCACUUUUAAGAGCCUUUUGUGUGAUUUUUUUGAAUUAGUUGUUUACUGCAAUUAUAAAAUAUUUUGAACAAUAUGGACCAACCUUAGAUUAUUCUUUAUCCCUUAAUUGUGAAACUCAUAAAAAAGUGAGCAUUACAAAUAUUCUAGGAAUAUUAUUGUGUCCAUGGAAAAAGCUGAUAAGGCAUGGGAAAACUAUAAACCGCUAGCAGCUAUGGUACUGAUAUUUGCUAUGUGUGGUCAUAACUCAGUAAACAUUCCUGAAAUAUUCUAGGUGUUCAUGGUUUUUCAUAGUGUGAAAGUAUGCUAGCUUGCAUUGCAGAUGUAAUCUAACCGCAGCUAGUAGCAUCUGUUCUGAACCCCAAUGGACUGGAAGUGGGUUUCAAAUUUCCAUUCAACCUUGUUGGCAAAUCAACAAUGGCUUUUUUAACAGGCCAAUCAUGUUGUGUACUCAAAUCCUGGAACACAGGUUAGGGCCCAUAACAAGGAUUUCGGCACUGGUUCGCAGACAGUCUUAACCACGGUUUAAGUUCCAUUCUGUGAUGCAGGCUAAUAAUUAGCUAGUAAUUAACACAAUUGGUGACAUAUAACUGUAUUUUUGAUUUACUUUUACAGUGCACACUGUUACAUCUCAACCAGUUCAAGCAUCAAGUAGCACACCCGCAGACUCUACCAACAGUAGCUUGAAGACAAAGACUUCAGAUAUCUCGGUCUCGACAACAGAGACAUUCAACUAUUCAACAAAUGUUGUGUUGUCUGGUUCUCAAACUAUCAAUGCAAGUCAAACCAGCACAAAAAUUGCUCUAAGUACUAGUACUUCAAAUUAUAGUUUAAAUAGCUCUGUUGAAUCGUUCUUAACACCUUCUGUGUUACUAACUACUGGACCAAAAAGUUCAAAUGAUAUUAUCAGUGAAUCAAGGACAACAAAGGUUUUGUCUCCUUUAUCUAGCAGUAAAGGAAAUCAAUCAACUGCAUCCGUGCUGGGUACUAGGGCCCCAGUAAACACAACAAGAUUGACCUCUGUUGUUUUUCCAACAGUGGACCCAUCAGGUUCCGCUUCUGGUACAAGAACUUUGCCAUUGACACAGACUUCAGCAGUGAAUAGCUCAUCAGUAGGGCUGUCCAGUCAGUCAAUAGCUGUAACAUCAGUACUACCAUUAGAAACCACUCAUAGGGUCUUGUUAUCAUCAGCUGCUAUAAUGGCAACAAGCAGAACGUUGUUAAGAGGUUAUUCUUCUAACAGUACCAAAAGCAUGUCCACAUACGCCACGCGGUCUGUUGUGGAAGGCUUGUCAGCUCAUUCAGUGUCCAUGACAGUAGUCUUGACAAAUACAAUUGCAAAGUCUGUCUCAGGAGCUAUAAAUGAAACUGUUUCAGUGUCAUCUGUGAUGAGUAAGUCUUUGGAAGGAAUGGUGAAUUCCAGCACACCUUCAGUAGAUGUUGUUGUAACAACAGUGUCAUUAUCAAAGGCAGCUGGGUCUCCUGCUGUUACAUUGUCUUCAAGUCAAGAACUUAAUAGAACUGUUGUUUCUGCAAUGACAACACCAGCUGCAUUGCCAUCAACAACUGCUACUGUAAGUUCAAGUUUUGCAGCACUAGGAAGUGGGUCUUCAAUUGCAGCAAAUGAUACGGGUGAAAUACCAAGGACAUCUUCAAGUUCACUUGCAGUGUCACCAUAUCUUACCACUGCACAAAAUGCCACAAGCCAGUCACUAAGUAGCGUUCAUUCAAACACCUCUUCCAAAGCUACACCUCCUCGUACAGUUGAUAGUGGGGUUUUAUCUUCAGCAGUUGCAAAUGGAACGUCAAGACCAUUUUCAGUAUUACCAACUGUUAUGGCAUCGCAUAAUGUUACACAACCCCCAAGUACGGUGUAUGAAGGGAUUUUAUCAACAACAUCAAUAACUAAUGAAACCUCAAGACCAUUUUCAGUAUUACCAACUCUAGUGGCCUCACAGAAUGUUACACGACUUCCAAGUACAGUCUAUGAAGGGAUUUUAUCAUCAACAGCAGUUGCUAUGGAAUCUUCAAGACCACUGUCAGUAUUGCCAAGUCUACUAACGUCUCAGAAUAUUACAAGCCAGUCACUAAAAUCAUCGUCGGUAUCAGUUGUAAUAGAAGCGCCAAAUUUUGUGCCAGUAGUGCCAUCAAGUUUGUCCAGUGUACCCACCCUUUCAUUACCCUCUGUCUCGACACCUGUUCUUCCAAACAAGACAUCCUCUGGUGAUGGGUUGAUUGUGUUAUCCUCCUCUUAUCCCUGUUACAUCUACUAUGUUGUGGAGAAAACCGUUUUCCCUGCAGCUUCAGCCAAUCAAACAUUUAUCCCAGCAACGGUGCCAAAGAUGACAGUGAACAUCGGUAGUGCUACAGAUAUGCCUUCCCUUACGCCAACAGUUACACUGACAUAUCCAGGUACCAUGAAAAACCAAGGAAGUGUGCUGCACAGUCAGCUGGAGUCCACUUCAAUUGCAUCGUUGUCAUCCGAAGGAGUUUUGACAAGCAGCAAUGUUCUGCCUAUGUCAUCGUCGCCAAAAAGCAGUAUUAAAUCAACACUGGUGCCUUCUCAACCACCUCUUUUGCCAUCUGCGACGCUCGCACAAGUGUUUAGCACAGUCUCUGAUAAAGUCGCUCACACUGGCAGUACCAGAGGGUCUUUAAUGUCUUCGUCAGUGUCCAUUUCCAGUCUACCUAAUUCAAGCAGUAGUACAAUCAGCACUGUUAAAGAAGCCUCACUUUCAACUCGUCUGCAGCCAAGUUCAUCUCAUCCACAGACUAGCACUUUAGCCAGUGCUUUUGUCUUUUAUUCUGCGAGUGAAUCAAGACGUUCAUCCAUCACUGAUAGGACACUGAGUUCCCCUGCAACCACAUCAGCAUCGUCAUCAACUGCUGCAACACCCAAUGUUUCGCAGACUCUGUCCAUAGGUUCUGGUACACGCUCAAAUUCGUCAGCCACAGUUGUUGUCCAGUCUGGUAGUGGAGAUUCAUCCAUGGAGGUGACAAGUUCAGUGCAAGAUGUUGUACCCACUGUUUCUUCAUCAUUAAAUUUAUCUUCGCGCGGUCUCACCUUUGCCCCAACGUCUAUUAUUAGUUCCAAGAUGAAGUCAAGUGGUACCACCACUACAAUUCAAGCCUCGGAAACGUCUGUUUUUCAGACCAUAGCUGCCACGUCUGAAAGUCCAAAACCAAGCAUUCUUCCAAAUAGAACCUUGUUUAACACACGGGUUGAAACCUCAAGUGAAGGAUUAAUUGCUACAACCUCAAGUAAAUCAGUAACCCAGCUAAGAAAUAGUAGUGGGACUGUAGCCUCGUCUUUCACUGUGUCCAGUAACACAUUAUUGGCAAAUGCUAGCACCGCUGUGACGUCAUCAACAAUGCAAGCCACAUACGACUUGUCCAUGGCGUCGACAGACUCUUAUACACCACAGGUUAAUUCUUUGAGCUCUUCUUAUGUGGUAACUACAAGAUCGUCUUUUGGUGUGUCUGUGGAAACACCACUGUCAAACUCUAGCAAUACUGAGAGAAUGUCAGAUGUGGAAACCUCAACUAAUGUAAAAGUUACGUUACCCUCAACAGAAACUAAUCCAGUACAGGUUACGUCCAUUACUAGCGGACAGCUGUCACCAAAGGUUGCAUUAACCUCAGCAGAAACUCAUUCACCACAGGUUACUUCCAUUACUAGCGGGCAGCUUUCACCAUUGUCGACAUCUUCAUCUCUGAACGUGUCCCAAGUUGGUGCGGUUAGUACCUCAGUUUUUAGCGUGUCUCAAGUGGUGGCAUCAAGUUUCACAACUCCGUCUUCUUCUUCCACCACUGGAGAACGGCCAUCAUUGGCUUCAUCUUUAUCCACGGCCGUGCCUCAUACCAGCGUUAUCAGCUCUCCGAUUACUGCUGGCCUUGAAGUAUCUACGAGAAGCCAGUUGUCAUCAGCCAGCAAUCAUUCGUCUUUCACAAUUAUCGAUGUACAACCAUCUUCAUCAAGCUUGCAAGCAUCACCUACCGCUAGUUCAAGUCAAGAUGGUGCUUCAAGCACUCCUACUAGUAACAGUCUUCGAAGAACUUUAUCGCGUUCAGUUCAAACGAACAACUUAUCAUCAUCUAUUAUUAAUAGUGAACCUUCUUCCUCUGCUGCUUUUUCAUCUCAGCCCCCGGCAAGAAAGCGUAGAAAGAAAAGGGAUGUUGGUGUUGCGUCCUCGCCUCAGGUGAUUUCCAGUAAAUCAACCGCAGGUUUACCAUCUACAUCGGUCAUUAGCCAAACGAACAGUGUGUCUACCAUCCAGGCUUUAUCUAAACAGACUGCAUCCUCAUCACAACAACCUCUUUCUCAAACAGCAGCGUUAUCUUCAAGUCAAGGAAGCAGCAGUUUUGCCAAUACUACAAGCACUUCAUUUUCAGGUGCUCUGACAACAGGUGCUGGGACCAGUAGUGGAAAUUCACCAUCUCAUAGUGCAGUUUCUUCUAAUGGCACUGCUCAUUCGAUUUUGAAGUCAUCAGGGACUGUUUCAAGCGUGGCUUCUAACACUUCUACAAUAUCCAUCGUUCAAACUCUGUCAGGAAGGCCAUCCAUAAAGUCAUCUACGAUGUUGGCUAUCAGUACUUCUACUUCAUUGUUUGUUACUUCAUCACCUGAACAGACUCCUUCGGACAGUGUGGGAACCUCAUCAGCACAGGUUGGGAACGAAACGUCGUCUUCUAUCGAUUUAACUGGUGUGAUGAAAUCAUCUGCUUUGUUGCUGAGUUAUAAUAGUUCCACGUCAAAAUUAAUUUGGUCAUCGCAUAAACCAACUCCCUCGCCGGGUGCGACAACUUCAUCAAUUACUGUUGCCAGUGAAACUUCGCCUCCUAUGUCCUCACAGGUUUCAACGACAUCAUCUUUGGAAGUUCCGCGCAAAAAUUCAACUGCCGUUCAAUCAGCGUCAAGCCUUUCAGCGUUUGUGACAGCUGUUGCUGUUAAUGGAACUUUGUCCUCCACCUCCUCAAAGAGUUUAACAACAUCAUCUGCGGUGGUGUUGGGUAAUAGUUCUUCCGUUGUCGUUCACACAGCUGCAAAUCUGUCCUCUCACCAACAGGACGUCACAUUAGCGAUUACUCCCUCAACGUUGAUUGGAAAUGAUACUUUGCCUUUGACAUUACCAGUUGCUUUUACAACAUCGUCUGGGUUGUUUAUUAGCAGUACGUCACAUGUAGUUGCAAUGUCAAGCGAACAAAGCUCGUCCACAGUUGCUGUUAAUGGAUCCACCUCCUCUCCCGUAUUGAUGAGAUCGUCUGUGCCGAUGGGUAACCGUAAUACAACAGUAGCCCCAGAGGUGAAGCACUCCUCUUCUGUUUUUCCAAAUGCAAGUGCAACCGCUUCAAGUUCACGUCUGGGGCAGGAAGUUAGCUCAACUCUUAAAGUUGACGUUCCUUCUUUUGUAAAUGGAUCCACUUCUUCGGUCGUAUUGAUGACAUCAUCCGUGCCAAUGGGUAGCCGUAAUACAACAGUGGCCACAGAUAUAAAGAAGACAUCUACUGUGUUUGCAAAUGCAAGUGAAACUGCUACAAGUUCACGUCUUCUGCUGGAAACAAGAUCAACUUUUAAAGUUGUCGUUCCUUCUGCCUCCCCGGCUUCCAUGGGAAGAAACGAAUCAAGUUUAACCCAGCACGCUCGUCAAUCAAGCUUGACAAUCAUUGCCUCUCCACUCCCAACCAAAACUGCAAAUGUCACCUUGUCAACGUCGUCCUUAUCUACUCAGGCCAGCCACAUUAUAGUGUCAGCUACUCUUCAGAGUUUCAUCGCUCCAACUUCAAAACUGCUAUCGAGUCUAAGGACUGAUCAUGCCAGUCAAACAUUACAACAAACUAUAUCUACCUCAUCGGCAAUUACUGCUUCAAGUACUAAUAUCUACAAGCCUCCCUUGGUGACAAUUUCAAGUCUGGGAAUUUGCUGGGUUGUUUACACUACCAGACUCGUUCAGCCCACUUUGAUACCAACUCCACAGGUCAAUGUGUCGUCUUCUGGGUCAGUUAAUGUGAACUCUACCCUGAGCUUUUCAUUAUUUACUCCCCUGGUGAAUGCCACUUCUGUCGCUCAAGUAUCUCCAACAGCAACGCUGAAUACCAGCUCUCCUACUUUGCUGUCAACCCUUACUGUGAAUGCCUCAAGCUCGCAGUCUUCAGCUGUCAAUUCUUCACUGCGUCCAACUGAAGUUUCGUCGAUUUAUUUGGUCCUUUCGACUUUGCCUGUCCCUGAUAUCAACUCCACCGUUUUAUCUUCGAGCUCCAUGCAAGUAGCAAAGUCAAGCAACCUGUUUCAAAGUACAGUUGCUUCUGCAGCGAGUACCACAACCAAAUCAGCUACCGCAUCCACUCUUCUAACGUCGACUCCAGUGUCCACUCCAGUGUCGACUCCAGUGUCAUCCACAGUGCCACCCACGUCCACAACAGGUCAAGCAGUUUCGCCGACACCUUCGUUCACCCGGGAGGUAUCUAGUUCUGUUACGGUCCCGACGACACAACCUCCGGAUCCGUCAAGACUAUUGUUUGCCAUUUUUGAAGUGGGUCCAAAUACAAUUACUGAAACUAAUCAGUUUAAAAUUGAAUUGGAACGUGAUCUCGCCGCUGCGUAUGCUUUUGCAGAAUUGCCAUUAAACAGGCGGCGGAGAGCAGUCGGAGAUGUCAAUGCUACUGUAAGUAAUGCUGUGCUAAAAUGUCAUCCAGUCUUUAAAUACCAGUCUAAGUAGUAAUUGUAACGUACAUAUGAAUGUAAGCUUUCUCCUGCCAUUUCUGGCUGUAGUGGACGUAGUAGAGCGAAUAGAGGCCAUCUAUACGAGAAGAAAAUUGCCAUAAAAAUUCCACCAAUUCCCACGCAAGUCCUUCUGUUUCUUGCCAGGACGUUUAACCAUGUCAUGUCUAAUUUGAAUUUCUAUUUUAGUAUGCAUCGCCGACACUACCUUUAGUUUUAACUGCCUACAAACUCACAGCCAAAUAAUGCUGGCACUAGUUUCUUCACGUAAUACCUACAGACAAUAGAGAGAUUCAGAGACAUGGUUAGGUCAAACGGCAAACGAGACAUUCAAGUUGCAAAUUUCUCAAUGUAGAAAAUGAACAGAUGAAAACUGUCCAAAACAAUUCUCAUGGAUAAAGGCAACGUGAAACUAUUAAUUUUUGCUGUAGAAGUAAGCAAGUGAGGGGAAAACUUGAUCAUGUGGUACAAAUUUACUUUUGCCGUCAGCGUGGCUCUAAAUCUCUCUAAUAGUUUUUAUACCAAGCAGUAACGUCAUUUUGUUGACAAUUGUUUUACACACUCGAAAAACGCGUUUGUUUGGCUGGUACUUUUCAAACAGUUCUUUGCAUCGACGAAAAGCGACGAAUUUAACUGUUAAAGCGUUGAAAAACUGAUAAUUUUGAUCAUUCUGCAGAUUCAAAGCAUCCAGCGCAACAGAAACAACAUAAAUGUUACAUUCGUUGUGUCCAAGAAUAACCAACCUAUCCCUGCAACUGAUGCUGCCCAGAACUUCAACAAGCUCAGCAAGGACCAAUUAAAACACUUCGUAAAUCUGGAUGUAAGUUUUUCAGAAAUGCUUUUUAGAACUCAUACCAGGACUAUACAUAACACUUCCCUUCUGAUGAGCCUGAUGGACGAAAAUUUCUUGGCUGAAAAAUUUAAGAUGAGGUUAAAAGUGUUUGACGGUUCAAUCUCUUUUCUGUCUUUUGCGCCAUAGUACCGUCUCCUUUAAACUGAAAAAACAACAACAACAACAACAACAAAGCAAAAAAAACAUAAGUCCCCCCCCCUAGUGUUAUGUUAGUCUAAAACUUAAUGCAUACAAUUCUCUUGUAACCCUAAACAACAUUGAAUAAGUGGAGGGGGAUGUGGGGAAAUGGUCAUUCAUUUGGCGACUGUUUCCACUUUGCCAGGAUGAUAGGAAAAAAAGGUAUUUUUGCAAUGUGUCUUUACACGUUUUACCCUUGUUUGUUGUAUUAUCAGAAAAAAACUGUACGGGGACAUUUCAAUGUAUUCUGCGUAAUUUAACCUCGGUUAGUGACGUCUGCGAAGGAGCGCCGAUAUCCUUGUUCUGGGCUCCCACUGGUCUCAACGAAUUACGGGAAGAGCGUUUCGAAUUUCUUUUCAUCCUGAUUGGCCAAUCGACAAUGACAUUUUUAACAGGCCAAUCAGGCGUGUACUCAAAUACGGGUACACAGGUGGGGGUCCAUAACAAGGACUUCGGCGCUGUUUCCUGGACAGACUUAACCAGAGUUUAGUUUCGUCUCCGCCACAGGCUGUACCCUCACUAAAGAAAAUAUUUUGCUUUGGUUAGGUCAUCAACCUGCCACAGCCUCUGGUACAACAACCUACAACACCUGUACCACUAAAUGGACUGGCUUCUUUGAUCAUCCAAAAUUCUGCUGACAAAAAUAUUUCCAUCCCAGCGAACAAAGAGAACCUUGAAAAAAAUCUCGCUUCGUAUUAUAAGGACCAGAAAAAAAUUCCAGCCUCAACUAUUGUUACAGCCACGGUAAGUGUGAUAUUAUUAGAACGCUGUUGUAAAGUGUGUGUUAUUGAGUACAGCUUCGGAUGCUUUGUUGAAGACACCGCAUCAAAGAUGUCUUGUGUGAUAGUUUUAGUAUCCUUAAAUUUAGGUUUUAUUUUCCCAUGCUUUUAUUCAUUAUCGUACCUAGUAUCAAAAACAAACACAAAAGAAGAAGCUAAAAAUGAACUAAAGGUAAAAUUGUCAGAUGGCUGCACAUUGGUCAAUUUCAUUCUCUUGUUAUUUGGAGUUAUUUGGACCGAAACAAAGUUAAGGCCCGGAAAACCGCAAAAAGGAAUAAAAGGUUUAUCUAGCCAUGAUGAGAGGACCUGAGAGUAUUGGUUUGUUAUGUGGUUUGUAAAGGAAGAUUGUGUAAAGACGCGAACAAAGUGCUCCAAGCCCCGACGGCCAAAGAGCUUCUACCUAAAAACAUGCUUGGAUUGGUGAACGAGUGGAUAUGUGUAUAUUUUUUUAAGGGAGGAGGGGAAAGGAAAGGAGACGUAAUCGAUCAGUAGAGUGUAAUCGAAUUCAAGAGUGGUUAUUGACCAAAGUUGCUUCAUAUCAAAGAGGCUGUGUAAUUAAGGGUUAGGGGACGCACCUAAAGUCACAUACCAAUGACUAGUUAGCAUUCAAUGCGUUUCAAAGGGGAGAGUGAUAAUAAACAAUUAUUGGAUAAGGUUUUUGUGAUAUCCGCAAUAAUUAGGGUCUAGGUAAGUGUUAUCAGCUGAGCCGAAGGCCGAGGCUGAUAACACUUACCGAGACUUUGAUUAUUUAGGAUAUCACAAAGGAAAGGAAAAUAACGACAAACACACCGUCGCAAGGAACCUGAAUUGAUAUUGUUAUAGGAAAUCAUGCAUUGCGCGCGCAACCUACAGAUUAGUCAGAUAACUGACAGGUUAGUCAGAUAACUAACUAAUCUGCAGGCUGCGCUGAUUUCCAAAAUUAGCUGUAGGCUAUUAGCCAAUAAGAAGACAGAUAAUUAGCACAAUGUAUAAUAAUGUGAAUUAUCUUAGAUACUUCAGGAAGCUCACAGAAUAAUGGUGCUUUCUUGCGCACGCUUGUGGGUCGGAACCGUUACGUAACAAGUUGAACUUUUUCAGAUUGCUACUAUCUUGCACGAACCAAAUGAGAAGGUCUACUUGGAAUUCUACGUUUUGGUUGACGGAAAUGUGGUUAACAGGACAAUUGUGGUGGAAACAUUUAAAGUUUCUAAUGUCAACCUGCUUACCGCAAAAUUGGGAUUUCAGGUGAUUAAGUCUAUUUUGUCGCAACAGACCUGAUGUGUUUGUUUUUCUAGUACAAUUUAUCCUUUGCAAAGUCUUUAGUAGAGUCUGUUUAAUUUAAUGUUUUUACUGAAGAUUUUGAAGUAGUUUUCCGUCUCAAUAUAACUUGAAAAACCAUUUUUAUCUUAUCUUUAAAUACUUUUAAAAACGCUCUCUUCGGUAUCAAGAUAAAGAAAUGGGUAAAACAAAGUGUCGCGUAAAAGUUGACACGUACUGCUUCGAACUUUUACCUUGCGCUAAAUUAACUUUAACAAAAUAUAAAUAUAACUAAAUACGUUAACUGCCUGGGUUGAAUGUGAUGUUACAAACGACAUUAAAUGUUCGUUGUUUCAGACUUAAGCUGUUCGUAUAACCACGUUUUGUCAGAGAAACCUUCACGACACUAUCAAAUUCGUUGUGUAACAAGUCGAAACACGGCUGCCAUUUUGAGAAUUUACUUCAUGCAUGCGCUCCUUCGUCGACAAGAGAUAUGGGUACGAGAUUUAGCGACAAUGGUGAUCCACCUUCUGGCGCAAUGUAAUUAACCGUAGGCUGCGAUCUAGACUGUUUCGCUCGCUUUUGCAGAAGAAAACAUUAAAAAAUCUACCGCUCGCGCUUCGCACUCGUGAAAAAAUUUGAGCUCGAUUUGUAUGCAAGUCUAGCGGCGAUCCUUUCCAUCGGAUGACAGCUUAUUUGAUUUUGUCUGAACUUUUCCCGUUUGUUGUUUUUUUCCCCUUUUUUAAGGUGUUGGUUCCAGUGUACAUCCCAGACUCUCUUGCGAACUCAGAAACGGACCACGUGAUUAUAGGUAUCAGUGUCGGUGAGAAUCAAGAUUUGACAAACUCUUCAUUUAGAAGCGAUCUGGCUAGUAAGCUUGUUGCAUUGUACGUGGAAGCUAAAGGAAGAAAAACUUCGCGAAGGAAGAGGAAAAGCGGCAGUACUAGUGCUACUGUAAGUUACCAUUCAUUACUCCUUUUAUCAGUCGUUUGGAGAGUUGGGUCGAUGUUGUGUCUUACAAAAACUGGGUGAUUUCUCUCGCACCGAUUGGUCGACAGAUAUGGUCGAUUUAAGCAAUAGAAAACGUUUUCCGUGUUUGGGUAGCCGUGGAAGAAUUCAAGACAGUUAUAACGGUUGAGAAUUCUUUCAAUCCGUCGAGUGUUUAUAUCAGGAUAUGCAAACACAGGAGAAACGUUUUCUACUGCUUUCACAAAAAAACUUUUCCGAGAAAAAAGCUAAACUCUUUGUUGAUGGCACAAAUUACUCGCCUGCGGCUGGUGGUUCUACUUCAGUUUUUAACAUUUUGACGUCAUUCCUGUGGUCGAUAACAGUACAGACCAUGGAAAAUUGUUGUCGAUUUGUUUAUUAUAAUUAGCCUUUGCAAUGCUGUCAGACAGUAGUAGGGACGAAACAAGCCAAGCGAAAAUAUGCCGCCCGUGAUCUGGGGAAAGGAGCUGUGACAGGAAAUGAAGGAGAAAGAGGUUCCACUGCCUUAUCUCUCCCCCAGCUCCCGCGCGAUUUCGCACCAGUUUUUACGAUCUCUUCACAUUCUUGUCCUGGAGCCUGGAACAGUCGAAUUGCACGAUGCAUAUAGGAGUGGUUUGGAGAUGCUAUUGCAUCUCUUAUUGGCUGUUACAAGGUUGCACAGGAAACUGAGAUUUGGUCCCCCAUAAACGUCCCACAAUGCAGUUCAACACAAUACCGACCCAGUCUUAAUCGCAACCUCAAAGUGGCCUACAGGUCAUGCAAGCUCUCAUUUUCCAAGUGAUUUUACCCACAAAUUAAGGGUUCAUGCACAUACCUCGUUACUGAGGUAAAGUCGAAUAAGAUGUUUUAGGUAACCAAAGGUUUUCAGUGUCUCAUUCAACGGAUGAUUUGUACUGGUAGAUUUUAGACGUUGUGAGAAAGCCGGACUCAGCAAAUUCCGAAGCAGAUGCGACGUUUUUCGUGUUUGAUUCUGGCUCAGUGGUGAACGGAAGUUACGUGGCGUCUGUAAUGAAUCGGCUCAGCACUGGCGAGAUGACGACAUUUACCAUGCCUUACGCGGUAAGAGAGAUUUUCCUAAACGUCACAAAGCAAGUUUCCAGUGCAUCUUUAGAUAAAAUUUUGUGCUUCCUAAAAGCUGCAACUCUAACCCUUGGUCGGGCGCCUGGGCCGCGUUCUUUCAUUUGCCGUGCUGACUUGUGCACUUGGGUGCAUUCGUUUGGUAUCCGGUUCAGGAUCAGUGAUCCGAGAGCACUCGAAUCAUGGUACAUCAAACGAACCAAAUAAUCCUUCCACAGGGUGGGUCCGACGGUUUCUUUGACGUAUCAUGAUCCGAGUAUCACUAAUCCUCACUCAGAUCAUCCCAGUGGAACCUAACUAUUGAUAGGGGCUUUCAAUAAUUUCAGGCCCAAGGUUUUUUGACCGAAAGGCGCAAUAUCCCUUUGGGUCGGGAAAGCUAGUUUUGCAUCAAUGCGUUAGUAUAAGAUAAAGUUUUUGAUAAAAAAGCUGAGGAAUAAAAGUAUAGGGAGUCGAAAAAGACCCGUCUGCUUCUCGCGGGACAAACUCUGCGCUAUUUUCCUGUCGAUUUGAUUGUAAAAUUGAGAUUCGGAGCCGUAUGAGCCUCUGAUCUGAUAUUCAAUUUUGCAAUGUCGGGAUACGCUUAUUUUUUUAUUUUACUCGUCAAGGAAUCGUUCAUUAUUUAUCGUUCAUAAUCAGCGACCAGGACGCGCGCUGAAGUUGGACCAAGCUGUGAUAUGAACAUGAAGAACUUCAUUUAUUCCUCUCAUCUUAUUUUUUAUAGGUUCUUACCGCACCUAAACCUGUUUUUGUACCAACAACGCCCACCGAAGUAAUUCCCACCGUCGCCUCGACGCCGAUCGAGUGGUGGAUUAUCCCUGCGGUCCUCGGUCCCAUAUUUCUCAUUGCCGUCAUUAUUUUGCUUAUAUGCUGGCGAUGGAAGAAGGGCGCGCCGAAAGCAAAAGUGGAGCCGGACACCAUCAGAAUGCUGGAGACCAACAGACGAAGGGUGAGGGGCACCUCUGUCUUUCCUAAGAUUAUGCUUUCAUCUUUCGUGUCUCGCGCGUUUCGCACUACGAAUUAAGAAAAAAAGAGGUUCCUGUUCGUAGUCUGGUCCUGUCAGUCUUGUGCUUUAUUUGGGCCCAGCUACAUUCAACCACAAGCCCAAAAACAACUUGAGCGAUAUCUUUUAUAUCUUAGGUUAGUUUGUGUCGGGCGCGAAAGAACACAAGCGAGCCGUACAGUACAAUGGGGCUUCUAAAUAGAUGGUUUUCAUAGUGACGUCAUCAAAUCGUAAAGUCAAAAUAGCGACGUUUUACGAAUUCUUAUUUACACUAGGUUGAAGAAAAAAAUAAUAAAUCUUUGUAUUAGUUUCCAUUCCCCCAGCUUGCUUCAUUUUGAAAAUACAGCAAUUUGAACUUCCGAGUUUUCACAGUGCGUGACACCAAAAUAGGAAUGCUGUCUCGUUGAAAAAAAAGUCUCUCCUCUUUAUUUUCAGGAGCAUAAUUAUUUCAAGUAUUGGAAGAUAUGUUUAUGGGUAAACCUCUGAAUUGUCUAUGAUUUCAUUUUGUCUUGUUUAUUGUCCAACAUCUCAACAGUUUUGUCGCAAAGUCUCAGGAUUUUAACACUUGAUCCGUUGCCACCCAUCUCUUGACAGUGCGGUACGAUUACUUUACGAUCUGGAAAGUGGGUUCCUGAUCCCGCCUUCCCGCACUUUUUUCACGAGAAUCCCACAUCCCGACCGUCUGUCAUCGCUAUCCCGAUUGUCCUUUUUUAACUCGUGGGUACGCGCGAGCGUACCACGAGUUAUUGCAGGGAUAGGAAUAUGCAAAUGAGUCACUCGCUCACUCGUAGUAGACGACUUCGUAAUUAAUCGGGUCCGAACUCGAGAGCGCGAAGAUCUAUCGUUUCCAAAGAAGCACGCGCUCGCCGAAGUUCGGUGGCAUCAAAUUCCUCGCUGAGAGCGUGCAUCGUGCGCUACAGCAUGGUUAGAGGAUAGAGGUCUUACCAAGUUUAAGACACGCAGGAAUCUUUCAGAUUAGUACGAUUCAAGAGCCUUUGACUCGUCCAGGCGUUAAGCUUGACGAGAAGAUGAGCAUUUGCUCUUCGACUCCUUCAACUUCGACGCUGACUUGAUCUCCUACCUUGUAGUAAUGUAGUAGCCCGGGGGGGGGGUACUGCCAUAUAUGGGCUAUAUAGGUAUGUGCCGCUGUGAAGGGUAUGGUUUUCAAGCAGUUUACUCUAGGAUAGGGUAUAUAAAUCAGAGCGUUUGGCUCUAGAAUAGGGUAUCAUUUUUCAGGAAACUGAUCAGUUGGUUGAAGAUUUUAUCUAGACUAGGUACACAGCUACUCUAGGAUAGGGGGAUUUGGGGAGUUUACUCUAGUAUAGGGUAGCAAAAUUCAGCUGAACUAGCUCUGGUAAAGGUUAAGGGUUCCAGGCUCCCAGCGGCACAUCCCCACCCAGAAAUUCCUAAAGUGUCCCCCCCGGGUGUAGUAGGUUAUGUGUAUGAAUGAAUGUAUGGUAAAUAAAGGCACUUCUUCUUCUUCUUCUUUAUAAGGACUCCCCAAGAUCACCGGGGGAAAUGGAUGUGAUUUUGAGCUUUAGCUUUAAAAUAAGAGCGGAAAUCGAGAUAAGAAAACAUAAGCUUAUGUUUUGCGUCCUACUUCGCGGAGGAGUUGUGUCUGCUUUGUAUCGCAUAUGUUCUUUCAUUUUGCCAUGAAAUGUGUUUACAAUGUUUUUUACUGUCAGUAGCCUGGUUUCAAUUAGCCUUAAUUUCAUCCGAUUGCUUCGAGUCGUUUUUUCAAUCGGUUAAGUAUGGCUCGAUCGUUUGCCGCUGGAAGUUCCAUGGAAAAGGCAUUAAAUUUGAGACUUUUCACAAGUUCAUGUGAUCGUCCUUAAUGGCGUAGUGGCUAUGUGAGGUCGGGUCAACCCGAAUGUACCGGGUACAAAUUCUGCUAACGACCUUAUUUUUCCCGUCUUCCUUUUUUUUCCUUUUUGUUUUGUUUUGUUUGCUUAUUUGUUUUGCUGUUUUUUUUUGUUUUUUUGUUUUUAAAUAUAUACCUAAAUAACUGUUAAUAAAGUGCAUUAAACAGCAAGAAAAGUAUUGUGUUUCCAGAACAAGGAUAGUUUAUUUAUAAUCUGAAUUUCUAUCAUUUCCUAAAAUUUACUGUGGGAAAACCAGAGGUGAUAUCUAAUUGAUUAUUUUCUAAACAACGUACCCACGAGUUGACGAUAGUCUUUCUUUGAUUUUUUUUCCCAAUCUCACAUCCGAGCCCAAAUUUUGGCGAAUCCCGCCUUACAGGUUGUAGUCAAUUCCCGAAUCCCGUUAACGUUUCGCGAAUUCCGCAAAGUGUUUUGGUCAAAUCCCGUAUCCCGUUAACGUUUUCCCGAAUCCCGCACUGUGUUUUGGUCAAAUCCCCGAUCCCUGGAAAAGUACCCUUCCAGACCUUGUUACUUGAGUUUAUUCAGCCUUUUUGAGGUGUCUCAUGCUCCACAUAUUGAUUCCAUUACUUAAAUUGUAAUUUUCAGGAUCCUCCAGUUCAUGGUGUUGAUGUAGCGCGGCACACGGAGCCAGGAGUGUCAAGCAUGAAGACAACUUCAUUUAUGUCUGGCACUGCGCGUGACGAGGAAGAAGAAACUGAAAAGCCUACCCGACGGACACGCGAGACGUCCCUGCGAAGAAAAGUGGGCAAACCACCAGUGCAGAAGUUACCCACGAGGGAGCAAAAACUGUAUGUGUGAUACGCGUAUACUGGAUAACCCCCAUAUAACUAACACCCCGGUAUAUCUGGUGAUAUUAUUUGCCUCGGGAAAGUUGUAAGAAAAUGUAUGGGACAGUAUCCCGGUAUAACGUACCCGAUAUAACACGAUUUUCCUAGUCCCUUGCCAGCGGCACUUGAUCAUAUCCGGACUCCAUUGUACUUCCUUGUCACGCAACGUUGGGAAGGUGUGACGAAAGAAAAAGAACUUUUCCAUCCAAUAAAUUUAUUGCUUCUAUUGCGCGCAUUCCAUAUAAUGAUCUUGAACGCUUUACAGUAUAUAUAUGAAUGAAAGUAGCCUGAUAUACAACUGAAUAUCCACGGGUUCGAAACGUUUCGAAGACCCGCAAAUAUAACAUGUUUUCCAUUUAAGUCUAAUUUUCUUGCAGUACAAAUAUCGCGUACGAAGAAGACGAGGAGGAAGAAAACGAAAGCGUGGCAUCUGUGACGCCUACUGGAAGCACGGCGAGUUUAAUAGGAACGAAAAGGCGAAAACCGCCAUCAGUCACCAAGAGUACUCCCAUUCCGCCACAGAGAUCCAGCGAAUCACAGACUCGCCAGGAACAACAAAGAGCCCAAGAGUUAUCAGAGGACGAGAGUGAAGAAGAAAGCGAGGAUUCCGGUGAAGAAACUGAGACUGAACCCGAAAGUGUAGCGCCACCACCACAGGUAAUGAUGACUAUGAUAAUGAUGAUGAUGAUGAUAAUUGUGAUGAUGGUGGUGGUGGUUGGUCAGCCUCUGAUUUGGACCAAGGUGAUGGAGAUGGUAACAAUGAUGUUGAUGCAGAUGAAGAUGAUGAUAAUGAUAAUGAUGACGUUGAUGGUGAUGGUGAUGAUAAUUAUAAUAAUGACGAUGGUUAUGAUGAUGAUGACGUUGAUAAUGUUAGUAGUAGUGAUGAUGACGAUGAUUGAUAUUCUCUUUCAGGCCAAACACUCCGCGGCCCAAGUACCCACUGUAGCUGUUAUGAGUGAGGCCACUGGUCCCCCGCGAUACCCUCCUGUGCGGUUCCGUUCAUCAGUGCAUCCAGCCCCGACCCUGCCACCAUUAAAUCCCAAGCAGACCCCUCUGGUUGGAGGGCGGGUUGAGGUAAACGUAGUGCUUUUUUUUUGUUGUAAUUGAUUCAUCCGUUAACAAAUUCAUUUCCAAACGUGCGGAGCUGCGCAAAAAAAUAUUUGUGAUAUUGCUUCAAAAGACUGAUCCAGCCUGGCAUUUUCACCAAAAUGAUAGAAAACUAACCUCUGUAGAUGGGGUAAAGUUUAUUUCUUACUCAUUUGCCUUUGUUUCUUCUUCACCCUCAUAUAUAGCGCUCACAAUUACAAACAUAUUUAUGUUUAUUGUUCCUAGUUUUAAAAGCGCUUUUCCUCUUCUUUGUUAUGCAAAUCUCCAACUGAUUUCAGGGGAAAACUCUAAUGUUUUUAUUCACUGAUAGGUGCCGUCCGAAGACCACGCACCAAGAGGUCGCAAAAGAGGAAAAGGCACGAGACGAGAGCUGGAGCAGAGAGCAGACCUCGAACGACAGAAGAAUAAACAACGAUUGCGUGAGAGAAGGCGCGAUAGUGAAAUAUCUGCUGUUCCUCCUGAGCGAAGAGCCUGGGACAGAGCUCAGCAUGAUUUCGAUGAUGUACUUGGAGAGGAGGACACCGCUGAGCGAGUGAUCACGUGAGUUUGCAGUCGUUAAAAAUUUCAUCAUAGAUGUACGUGGACGAAGAUACGGCCUUUACCUAUAAAUAAGCGGCUGAGAGCUGGCGCUAAAUGCUAUCAUGCCUCUGUAAUGGUGCCGACCCAGAGUAUCAAAGGGCUUCUACUUACGGCAGCCAUUCUCUAGGUUAAACUACCGAGAAUGUGCAUGCAGACCGACCCCCGACCACUAUCACUGAAGACGCUCUUAGUUUUAAACUCCUGUAAUCUCAUGCAUUUUAAAACUUGCUCUUUCAGUGGCAAAAAGGCAAAGCGCAGAAGGAGGCGACCCCCAAGCAGUUCUGUGGCUACAGACGAAGAGGGAAUGCCUCACCUGAAGAGCUACAGAAAACUCAAAAGUCCAAAAACAUCUUCAAACGCAAGCACACGGGUACAGUUUCCUAUAUACACGUUCAUUUGUUAAAAAAUUGCAGGGUUAUGGAGACCUGUAAAUCGUUAAUUUGUUGUUCUUAACAACAAAUUGGUACCUGAUAAAGGUGGUGGUCCAAUGAUAAGGUUAGUGCUUUGGACUCUAUAUCAAGAGGUCCGGGCCCAAGCGCAGCUGGGGUCAUUGUAUUGUGUUCUUAGGCUAGUCAGUACCUCACUCAGUGUCAGUGUGUAAACGGGUACCGGCGAAUUAAAUGUUAGCGGGUUACCUAGCCUGCGUCGCUGACGUAAUUUAACCUCGGUUAGUAACGUCUGCGAAGCAGCCCUGAUAUCCUCGUUCUGGGCCCCCCAACGGACUCAACGAGUUACCGGAAGUACGUUUCGAAGAUCCUUUCAUCCUGAUUGACAAAUUGACAAUGGCUUCUUUUAACAGGCCAAUCUUGGCGCGAACUCAAAUCCUGGUACACAAGUUGGGGCCCAGAACAAGGAUUUUGGCGAUGUUUCUUAUAUGGACUUGACUAGAGUUAAGUUUCGUCCGUAGUGCAGGCUAUGAGUACCCAUGUGACGAAUUGGCAUCCUGUCGAGGGUGGCGUCCUUAAAAUCCCUUCUCAAAAUCGGAUUGAUCUUCUUUUUAACGGCAUUUCACCAACACCUUCUUCAGUAAGUCCGUGGAGAGAAAAUUGUGGGAGAGUUGCGGUAAAAUAAUAUAAUCAUUUUCAGGCCUCUGCUAGUUUCUUGUCAUAACAAGAGCUUGAAUUUUACUUUUUAGGACCGUGGAAAGAAAUCGGGAAAAUCUGCGGACUCAGUUUCCAACGCAUCCAGUGACGAAUCUGAGAUCGAUAUGAAUGAGACACGUCGGCGCAUGCACGCGAUGUUGGAUAACGCGUUUGCCCUACUUGGGCCUCAGUCCGCUAAGAAACCACCCACCAUGGACCUCGAGGAAAUGUCUCCACAAACCCAGGGAUACCCCAUUCCUCCUCAGCGACCUCCUGUAGUGCCAAGGUAGGGCUGAGACUGUAACUUGUAGAUCGUUUAAACUGGGUGAGAACCUCGAGAGAGCUUUCUAACCUUUUCUGGGCGUCUGCUCAAGAGCCCGGUUAGACAGAGCUCUACCUCGGGCACUUCUCUUUAAAACCCUAGGGAUACCCCGCUCCUACCCAACGGACCCCUGUAGUGCCAAGGUGGGGUUAAGACUGUUAGUUUUAGGUCCUUAAAUUGGGUAAGAACUGGAGCAGAGAGCAGACCUCGAACGACAAAAGAAUAAACAACGAUUGCGUGAGAGAAGGCGCGAUAGUGAAAUAUCUGCUGUUCCUCCUGAGCGAAGAGCCUGGGACAGAGCUCAGGUGGGGUUAAGACUGUUAGUUUUAGGUCCUUAAAUUGGGUAAGAACUGCGAGAGAGCUCUCUCAACUAGGCCCUUGCAGCCCUCGCUUUUUUGCGCUUGUUCCCUCACAAGUGAAAAGCAUGGUCUUAGACAAGAGGAAGUUCCUUCUUUGGUUAAAACUCCUUUAAGUGUUGUGCAGCUUAAAUAUCUCCAAAUACUACUUUGGGCUAGAUGCUUUGGUGCUUUAGCAAAAUUGUCGUCGUUGUUUAUUUACGCUAGAUUAGAAUAGAAAGAAGUUGGAACGCUCAAUCUGCUAUUUGUUUUACUGACUUUUCUUCGUUUACAGAGUAGAAUUAGUAAAACCAAAUAAUUUUAGUUCCAGUGAGUGGAGAGUGGCAAUGUCACUAAAAUUGGAAGUCGAAGACGAUUUUUCAUGUAGCAUCCACGAAACACAGAAAGAUUGUAGCUGUUAUAUUUCUUGCUGUUAUUUUGCCACAACCAAACCCAACCUCUCUCCAUCGCACCUGCCGAACUUACCCCAUCUAACUGCAUGUAAAACACUACCAUACUUAACAACUCCAAGUCGUUAUGCGCAGGCGUUCCAUUAGCCAGCGCCACAAACGAAGCUAAGUUCUGGUUAAAUCCCUUUGCGAAGCAGCGCUGAAAUCCUUGUUCUUGGCCCCCAACUGUGUACCAAGAUUUGAGUACCCGUCAUGAUUAGUCUGUUAAAAAAGCCGUUGUCAAUUUGCCAAUUAGGAUGAAAGGAAAUUCGAAAGGCACUUCCAGUUACUCGUUGAGUCCGUUGGGGGCCCAACUUUAACUUCAACUUUAUUUAAUAAAAAUAUUGGGCCCAGAACAAGGGUAUCGGCGCUACUUCGCAGACGUUACUAACCGAAGUUAACUGACGUCUUUGACGCCGGCUAGCGUUCCAGGUUACAUGAAAAAUCGUCUUCGACUUCCUAUUUUAGUGACCUUGUUUUUUGUCUACACUAGGUACAUUGGAGGUCAGCCGGCUUUGCCAGAACCACCCCCUGCACACGGACGGGCAACUGAACCAACACCUGGACAGCGCAGGCGCGUUCAGCCUCCUAUGCCUGGUUAUCCUGUAGGGAUGCCUCAUACUCAUAUCGGUGUGCCAGGUUACCCAGUUCGCCCUCCUGUGAGACCGGUUGUGACUCGUGAUCCAAUAGUGGUCUGGGACCCAGCAGAUAGACAACGGUAAUCAAUCAAUCAAUCACUCACUCAAUUAAUCGAUCAAUGAAUCGAUCAAUCACUCACUCAAUCAACCAAUCGAUCAGUCAGUCAAUCAAUCAAUUGAUCGAUCGAUCAAUCAAUCCAUCCAUCACUCACUCAAUCAAUGAAUCAAUCAAUCCAUUCAUCAACCAGUGAAUCAACCAAUUUAUUUAUCAAUCCACUCCAAGUUUUUACCAAUUAAUCAUAGCUUACAAAAAAAGUUAAUAAUUUUUGAUAAUUUCAACGUUUUUUGGGUUCAUAAUGUAUAAGUUCCCUCGAGAGUUAGGCUUUCAAGAGCAGCCUGACCGUGAAACGUAUUCUCCUAUUACACUAUGCUGUUAAUGCUGAAAUUAGGGCUACUGAUAGCCAAUGAGAUUAGAGAAUUUUGUAACAGUUGUGAUAAAAAGAAUAAUGGUUACGUUUUUGAAUUCACAGAAUGUUAAAUCAGCGAGCACCACUUCCAACUUAUGCUUACAAAGAUCCUAGUGGUCAGAAUUUGUACAUUACACCGGUUCAUCAACAAAGAGAUGAAAUGGUAAGCCACAUGCACUUGAAUAGCGCGUCUGGAUUCAUUCGAAUGUUCAAUCAUUGACUUGAUUCUUGUCACCCUGUCUACAGAUUUUCUUAGGCUGUUACUCUUUUCAUUUCGUAAGGUUUUAUUCGAGUAUUGUCCUUUUCAUAGUCCUUUUCAUUCCCCCAUUCAGAGUGGUCUCAGAGUCUAAAGCAAAUCAGAAAUUGGCUGGUUAGCUUUGAAAAUUUGAAUAUCGACGAUGACACUAUUGGCUUUGAAGUACUAUACGACUAUACUUUGAAGCACUCUGUAUUUAUCGAGUUUCCCCCACGUUUGGCCUUGGUUAACUUUCCAUAAAAAAGGUUGUUUUCAGAGAACAAGCGAAGUCAGCAAAGCAAUAAGGUACAAACAAUAUAACACCGCUUGUCCUGAUCGUUGAUCUGUCAUGGGUGUUCUCUUUUUUUCGUCGCUUUGUCAGGGUGGUCUAGUAUGGAGUCCUUAUGCUGCAGAAGACACCAUGGAUGCGCUUUACCCUGAUUUAGCUCAAGUAAGUACAUGUAGUCGCGCUUCAUAAGACCUGUGAAAGACUUUGGUCAUAUAAUUUACUAGGAAUUACCGUUACACUAGUUUGCCCUCAUUUGCGCUCGUUGUAGCCGCAUACUUAGAUUUUCUAGAUUUGGCUUAAAAAGAAUACAGUAGACUUUUUGCAGUCCUCUAUUUUUCUGUUAGAUGGCAAAGAUCGAGCUUUUUAAUACUGUAACGGGCAGCCAUCUUUGUUUCGAAUGUAAGUGUAACUUGGGGAAGAGUAUCAAAUAUACAUGACCUAGAGGGCGUUAAUGGGCGCUAUCCGGGCCCUGCAAGAUGGCCUCGCCCUUCAUGAAAAAGCGCUUGUUCUCGACGACCUUACGGUUAAACGUAGACCGUAAACAAACAAGAAGAGAAAAAGUGUACCUUGGCUCCUCAGGCACAAAGUACCUGAUGACACCCCAAGGUGCUCCCGGUAGUUUAUUUUACGCACAACAAUUAUUCUUUCAUCUCAUAACUUUUUAUUCUUGACCGUAUAAGAACAGUAGAGGGACUAAAAUGCACAGUGGGUCACAGGUUUUGUUAAGAGAUCAUUAUUCGCCCUUGAUAAUUUGGUUGAGUCCGAUCUUCUUUCUUGUUUUGUUCGCCGUGACCAAAAUAAUGAUUUACGGGGACAUAUAUCCCUCCAAGAAUGUCAAGAUAUUUGCGGCUCUGUAUGGGCGGAGUAGUUGGUUAGGAAUAUGGAACUUGUCGAUGCCCAUAAAACUAUGAUUUCAAUCAAACUCGUAUAUAUCUCCGAAUUCAGCUUCAUAAGGUAAAUUUGAGGGUGCAAUAAUACUACUAUACUUAACUACUUUGAUGUCUCCCAAUUUUUCUCCAUUUAUUUUUGUCUUAUAGGCCAGCUAUCCUGGGGCUUUAGGUACCACUCCUCCAAAGGACACAAGUUUCCUCUCGCAAGUUCAAGCAGCGCCACCACACGAUACAAUACUGAACAUGUCAGCCAACAGUACUCUUGACCAGCGGGGAGCAACAUUGGGACAGUCUCCACAACCUCUUAUAAAGUCCAUAAAAGAUGAACUAUUUCGACUGUCACAAGGGGCGCAGAGAAAGACGCCUAUAACCGAGCUAUAGCAUACGACGCAAAUAUAAUAGCGUAUAAAAUGAAUUGUUCUUGAUCAGAAAAAAGCAAUUUCAGUUGCCUAUCUCACCAUUGGCUAUGGAACAAAUUGUAGAUGUAAUGUGUUCGCCCAUGGAGUGGACGAGGAUCAAUUCAGUCUUAAAGUGACUUGCACAGUGACUUAGUUUAAAUUGAGGAACGCUUGCGCAAUUUGUCGACGUCACUCUCGUGCGAAACUCGUCAGGGUCCAACAGCAGGAAAGGUUCAAGACCACAAGGAACGGCGUAAAAAUGCAGUGGAUGAAUAACCGUAUUUGUUGUAUCGUGCUCUACGCGCUCCUCAACGUGUUGCGUAUUAAGGAAAACCGCUACGUUCAAUUUCUGGCCAGUCUUUUAAAACCUCGGGUUCUCAACGGAUUCAACUGAAGUUGAGGUUUCCAUCAACCUUGUCCCAGGCCUUUGGAAAAUCCCUGGGGACGAGACUGGUUGUUUGAGGCUGGAUGAAACAGAGGACGAAUUUUCGUCGUUUUCGGAUAAAAUUGAAAAUUAUGUAAUGAAGAAACCUUCAGCACAAAUUUAGAACGGAAAAUGAAAUGAGUAAUAACAGCAACAAGCGAAUUGACAAACAAAUGAAAACGUUUCUAAUUGCACCCGACCAGCCAAAUUUCACGCCCAAUGAUCAAAAUUAAUGAUUUUUUUACUUCGAUGAAAGUCAACCUUAUUUUUUUAUAGCAUUAAUAACAUUAAUCAUUAAAAAAUUUAUGUCCUUCUAAAUGUAAUUUUAUCGUUCUUGUCUUCAAGGAUGGUACUUAUGACCAUUAACUCAUUUUAGGUAAAUAUUUUAUGGUGUAAAUAGUAAUAACCUCUUACAGUGCUCGCGUUUGGGCCUGUUUGUAGCAUAUCAGAAUAAAGCAUAU